CCCUAUGGAUGGGAGAUGACGGCAAACCGGGAUGGACGAGACUGCUUCAUCAAUCACAUGACACAGGCAAUCCCAUUUGAUGACCCUCGGUUGGAGAGCUGCCAGAUCAUCCCUCCGGCUCCUCGGAGGGUGGAGAUGAGGAGGGACCCUGUGCUGGGGUUUGGUUUCGUGGCAGGGAGUGAAAAGCCAGUGGUCGUCCGCUCAGUAACACCAGGUGGCCCCUCCGAAGGCAAGCUGAUCCCGGGAGAUCAGAUCGUAAUGAUCAACGAUGAGCCGGUUAGUGCUGCGCCGAGGGAACGGGUCAUCGACCUGGUCAGAAGCUGCAAAGAAUCGAUACUCCUCGCUGUCAUUCAGCCUUACCCUUCUCCCAAAUCAGCAUUUAUUAGUGCUGCAAAAAAGGCAAGGUUAAAGUCCAAUCCAGUCAAAGUGCGAUUCUCCGAGGAGGUCAUCAUCAACGGCCAAGUGUCGGAAACUGUUAAGGAUAAUUCACUUCUUUUUAUGCCAAACGUCCUGAAAGUCUAUCUGGAAAAUGGGCAGACCAAAUCGUUUCGCUUUGACUGCACCACCUCCAUAAAGGAUGUCAUCCUAACCCUUCAAGAGAAACUCUCCAUCAAAGGCAUCGAACACUUCUCCCUCAUGCUGGAGCAGAGGAUGGAGGGGGCCGGAACGAAGCUGCUCUUGCUUCAUGAACAGGAGACCCUAACUCAGGUGACCCAGAGGCCCAGCUCGCAUAAGAUGAGAUGUCUUUUCCGAAUUAGCUUCGUCCCAAAGGAUCCAAUUGACCUUUUAAGGCGAGAUCCAGUUGCUUUCGAGUAUCUGUAUGUUCAGAGUUGUAACGACGUCGUUCAGGAGCGGUUUGGGCCGGAGCUGAAAUACGACAUCGCCCUGCGGCUGGCGGCGUUGCAAAUGUACAUCGCAACCGUGACCACCAAGCAAACGCAGAAAAUCUCCCUCAAGUACAUCGAAAAAGAAUGGGGAUUAGAGACUUUUCUUCCCUCUGCUGUGCUGCAAAGCAUGAAAGAGAAGAACAUAAAGAAAGCACUUUCACACCUUGUCAAAGCAAAUCAAAACUUGGUACCACCCGGUAAAAAGCUCUCCGCACUGCAAGCCAAGGUCCAUUAUCUCAAGUUCCUCAGUGACCUUCGACUGUAUGGGGGCCGUGUGUUCAAGGCAACAUUAGUGCAGGCAGAAAAGCGCUCAGAAGUGACCCUCCUGGUGGGGCCCCGCUACGGCAUAAGCCAUGUGAUAAACACCAAAACCAAUCUGGUGGCUCUUUUAGCCGACUUCAGCCAUGUCAAUAGGAUUGAGAUGUUUACUGAAGAGGAGAGCUUGGUGAGGGUGGAGCUCCAUGUGCUGGAUGUGAAGCCCAUCACGCUCUUGAUGGAAUCUUCCGAUGCCAUGAACCUGGCCUGCUUAACGGCUGGAUACUACCGGCUGCUCGUGGAUUCCAGGAGGUCGAUAUUUAACAUGGCCAACAAGAAAAGCGCAGGGACCCAGGAGACAGGAACUGAAAAUAAAGGAAAGCAUAACCUCCUUGGCCCAGAUUGGAACUGUAUACCCCAAGUGGCCACAUUCAUUGGCGAAGGGGAGCAAGAGGCGCAGAUAACAUAUAUAGAUGCAAAGCAGAAGGCAGUUGAGAUUCCAGAUGGCACCUUGUGUCCAAAAGACCACCACCGGCACCUGUAUAUGGACAACGCCUAUAACUCAGACGAACUCAGCCAGCAGCUGGCCCAGCCGGGAGAUGCUUCGUGCAAGGCAGACUACAGAAGUCUAGCUCAGCGGUCCCUGUUGACUCUCUCAGGACCAGAAGCUCUAAAGAAAGCACAGGAGCCUCCAAGAGGAGCUAAAGUGUCCUUUAUUUUUGGAGACCUCGCCUUGGAUGAUGGCAUCACUGCCCCGACUCUCGGCUAUGAAAGACUACUGGACCAGAGUCCGGAACUGCUGGAGAAGCAGAGGAAUCUCUACAUCAGUGGUGCCAACGACACGAAGAGCCUGGAUCUCACUCCAGACGCAGAGGGCAUCCAGUUCGUGGCCAAUUCUGUGUAUGCAAACAUAGGCGACGUGAAGAACUUCGAGGCCGCCCAGGGCAUAGAGGAGCCCCUCUUGCACGACAUCUGUUACGCAGAGAACACCGAUGACGCGGAGGACGAGGACGACGCGAGCUGUGAGGAGGACCUCGUGGUGGGAGAGAUGAACCAGCCGGCCAUCCUCAACCUGUCUGGGUCAAGCGAUGACAUCAUUGACCUCACGUCCCUGCCCCCGCCCGAAGGGGACGGCCACGAGGAUGACUUCCUGUUGCGCUCCUUGAACAUGGCUAUCGCCGCGCCUCCACCUGGCUUCAGAGAUAGUUCCGACGAGGAGGACUCUCAGAGCCAGGCCGCUUCCUUCCUAGAGGGCAAGGAGGCAGGCGGCCCCCUGCAGAACGACGAGAUCCCCGUGUCCCUUAUCGACACUGUGCCGACCAGCGCCGAGGGCAAGUGUGAGAAGGGCCUGGAUAACGCCGUCGUUUCCACGCUGGACACUCUAGAAGCUCUGUCCGUGUCAGAAGAUCAGCAGACCAGUGACAAUUCAGGUGUAGCCAUCUUGCGGGCCUAUAGUCCCGAGUCCUCGUCAGACUCGGGCAAUGAAACUAACUCUUCUGAAAUGACGGAGAGUUCUGAACUGGCCACGGCCCAGAAGCAGUCAGAAAACCUCUCCCGCAUGUUCUUGGCCACUCACGAAGGCUACCACCCCCUUGCGGAAGAGCAGACAGAGUUCCCCACCUCCAAAAGCCCAGCUGGGGCCUUGCCUCCAAAGGCCUCCCACGCCCUCACUGCCCGCCCAGGGAGCGACCCCCCGCCCAAACUUGUGCCUUCCAAGCAGAUCCUUCACUCGGACCACAUGGAGAUGGAGCCCGAAACCAUGGAGACUAAGUCAGUCACUGACUACUUCGGCAAACUGCACAUCGGGCCCAUGGCAUAUUCCUGCACCAGCAAAAGGAAAAGCCAGCCGGCCGAUGGGGAGGGGAGAGCACCCCAUAAUGGGAGCACGCCAGGGAAAAAACAGCAGGGGACCAAAACGGCAGAGGUGGAGGAGGACGCCAAAGGUAAAUUUGCUAGUGUGUCUUCAAGGGACAGUCAACACCUGAGCACUUUGAACCUGGAGAGAACUGCCUUUCGCAAGGACAGCCAAAGAUGGUAUGUGGCCGCUGAGGGGCCUAUGGCUGAAAAGAGUGGAUUGGAAGCAGCAGCAGGGAUAGCCUUUCCCAGAGCUUUGGCUGUGGGAACCGCGGAGAGCGAGGGGAAGGAUGAUGGAGCUCCUGAUGGAGAAGCCAUCGAGGUCUCAGGACUUGGCCAGCGGGACCACUUCUUAACAGAGGUGAGCUGUGUGUCUUCAGCCAAAGACCUAGGUAACCCGGACGAUGCCGACCCGUCCACCUGUGACCGUCCUUCCAAGCUCCCCGAGGCGGAGGAGGGCGUGGGCCGCCUUUGUGACUACCACUUGGCCAAGCGGAUGUCGUCGUUGCAGAGCGAGGGCCAUUUUUCUCUGCAGAGCUCUCAGGGCUCCUCGGUGGACGCAGGCUGCGGCACGGGUAGCAGCACUUGUGCCACCCCGGUGGAGUCCCCGCUCUGUCCCUCCGUGGGGAAGCACCUGACUCCUGAGGCUUCCGGGAAAGGCGUGAGUUACAGUCCUUCGGAGGAGAGAGCCACCGGCCUUCCCAACCACGGAGCCGCCUUUAAGGAAUUACACCCACAGACAGAAGGGAUGUGUCCGCGGAUGACACUGCCUGCCCUGCACACGGCCAUUAAUGCCGAACCCCUGUUUGGCACUUUGAGAGACGGAUGUCAUCGACUCCCCAAGAUUAAGGAAACCACAGCUUUGACAGAGCCUGGGAAGGAGAGACGAGGAGGCAUGCCUUCAGCUUGGUCUCAACAUCCUGAAGCUGACCCCACCCUGCUACCAUCCAACAUUCACUCGGAAUCAAAGGUGCCAAUUCCAAAUCAAGAGCCUAAUGAUUUCUCCCAAGCAAACGAGGCCUACGGGGAGGCUGUGAGCUGGUGGCCACUGGAUCUGAGAGGGGGGAGCCUCAGGACACCCCCCAGCCAGAGGGCUCUGAGACGUAGCAGCAGUAUCCUCUCGGGAUCUGUAAGUUUGGAGACCUUCCGGGAGAGAAGCAAAGGUGCAGUCAGCUUAAAGUGUCCAGGUAUCACAGAAGCACAGGAGGCCAGUUCAGAAAGGCGAGCAGAACUCCCCCUAGGGAGGAAGCUCACCAAAAGUUUUUCCCAAAGCUCGAUGCACUUUAGCUCUGAGGGGAAAGUUCACAAAAGGUCCCCAGCGGCUCACAAAAACUCAAAGCUGUAUAGGACAUUGCCCUUGCGGAAGCUGGAAGGCAGCAACUGGAGAUGCCGGGGACCUUUCAGCUACUGCUUCCUGAACCGAGGGCAGGAUGAAGAUGGUGACGAAGAGGAGGAGGAGGGAGAGGCCACCUUCCAAGUCUCUUGCCUCUUUCGACCACAGAUGACUCAAGCCAUGCCAGACCCAAGCAGCCCACCCCUGGCUGUUGGAAUUCAGAAGCAAAGAGGGGAGCUGUCCAGAGGUUCCGUUCUGAAGGUCUGGGCUGAAGACCUGAGUGGCCCAGAUGACGUGGACUUCAGCAACCUGGCUUUUGAUGCCCGGAUUGCAAGGAUAAAUGCCCUUAAGGAGAGCACAUAUGCAAUGCCCGAUGGGUUCCUCGCAGCCCAAAAUGAUGCCAAUGAGCUGCUCUGCCUUGUGAGGGCAACCAAGGGGAAGAAAGAGGAGUCCCGCCUUGACGCGUAUGACCUAACGCUUUCUCAGUACAAGCAGCUGUUAUCCAUUGAGUCCAGGCAGUUGGGAAGUGCCUGCAGGAAAAUGGCAAUGGCCGAGAAAAGUCCAGAGGAGAUGCUCCUCGCCAUGACUUGCAGCUUUCAAGUGCUCUGUUGCCUAACAGAGGCCUGCAUGCGAUUAGUUAAAGUUGUGAACUCAGAAACACAGCGGCAGGAAAUUGUAGCGAAGAUCGAUGAAGUGGUCAUAAACUACAUCUGUCUCCUGAAAGCUGCCGAGGCAGCCACUGGAAAGACCACUGGGGAUCCCACUGUUGGACUCUCAAUGCGACAUUCAACCACCAUGGCCGCUCUCGUAAGCACACUGACACGUUCUCUCAAGAUGCUUUUAAAUAAAUAA